AUGGUGGAAGUGCAUGACAAACCCGAGGAUUGCUACUUCUUACCCCACCAUGCUGUCUAUAAGGAGUCAAGCUCUUCGACAAAGAUUCGUGUAGUUUUCGACGCUUCGGCUAAGACAACAUCUGGUCUAUCAUUGAACGACGCUUUAGGAGUUGGACCAACAGUGCAAAACGAUCUCAUCACGAUAUUAUUACGAUUCUGCUGCUACCCUGUGGUACUGACAGCGGACAUUCCUAAAAUGUACAGGCAGGUACAAGUACACAAAGACGACAGGAAAUACCAGCGCAUAUUGUGGCUCAACACGAACAACGAGAUGGCAACAUUCAGGCUAACGACCGUGACGUACGGUUGCGCCAGUGCACCCUAUCUGGCAACGCGUACAUUAUUGCAAUUGGCAAAGGAUGAAGCAACCGACCUACCACUUGCAUCAAAAGUCAUUGAGGACAACAGCUACAUCGACGAUUUUCUCACCGGUGGUAGGAACGAACAAGAAGUAAUAGAAAUCUACAAGCAACUAACUGAGCUUCUACGACGAGGAGGAUUUGGAGUGCACAAGUUUUGCUCAACAGCAAAGCUGUGCGAGAUAUCAUACCACGAUCUCCAAGAGACUCUUUUCAACUUCGAAGAAGCCGAUAUCAACAACGUGAUUAGGACUCUUGGCCUUAUUUGGAAUCCCAACGAAGACUACUUCACAUUCAAUGUUACCUUAUUGGAUGGCAGAGUAGGAAACACGAGGCCAACCAAACGAAGCGUACUUUCUGCGAUUGGACACCUAUUCGAUCCGUGUGGAUACCUCGGUCCUGUGACGACGACAGCGAAACUGCUGAUGCAGGACUUAUGGAGGCUGAAAUUGAAUUGGGACGACGAGCUUCCUAACGAACAAAACGAACUGUGGACCACAUUCCGAGAACAGCUUCCAUUGGUUAACGCCCUACGAAAGAAACGGUGUGUAAUCACAAGUGAGGCAACAAUACUGGAGCUUCACGGAUUUUCGGACGCUUCGCAGCGUGCAUACGGGGCAGUCUUGUACACUAGGUGCAUCUCCCCUAAUGGAACUGUGAGCGUCGAGCUAGUUUGCAGCAAAUCGAGAGUGGCUCCCUUGAAGCCAAUGACUAUUCCCCGUCUGGAAUUAUGCGGAACACUGCUUCUGGCACGUUUGGUGGAGAAAACGAUUUCGGCGAUGAAAAUACCUUUCUCGAAAGUGACACUCCACACUGACUCACAAGUAUGUUUGAGUUGGUUUGCAAAGUCACCGCUUGCUUUGAAUCAGUUUGUUGCAAAUCGUGUUGCUACAAUACACGAGCUAACGCAGGACUACAAGUGGUGUUAUGUGCGAACGUAUGACAAUCCUGCCGACAUAAUUUCCCGUGGUGUACUACCGGCAGAACUAUUCGAGAUGGAACAGUGGUUCAAAGGUGCACCAACUCUGUGGCUGCAAGACUCUUCUGACAACGUUGAAAGAAUUUAUUUGGAUGACAAUGAGCUGCCAGAACUUAAGCCGGCGUUCGUAACACUUCCGACUUGCAAGUGUGUGAAAUCGCUGAAGCAACACAAACUAUAUACUGAAGCUCGUGUAAAGGAGGCGUUUGAUGAGAUUUCCGACGCUAUGGUAAAGGGUAAGCAGUUGAAGCAGUACCGAGGUUUAGCUCUUUUCGUCGAUAAGGAUGGGAUCAUCAGGGUUGGUGGUCGCCUGAAAUAUUCAUCGAUACCCUAUGACGGCAAGCAUCAAAUAUUGUUGCCAGAAAAGCAUCACGUGACUGAAAUUCUGGUUCGUCAACUACACAUCGAUAAUUUUCAUGUUGGACAACGAGGAUUGUUGGCUAUUCUACGUGAACGCUAUUGGCCCAUCAAAGCAAGGUUGCUAAUAAAACGCAUUGUCUCCAAAUGCUAUGUCUGUUUUCGGCACAAUCCAUCGCCGGUGAACCAGUUCAUGGGCGACCUCCCAGACUACAGGAUUACACCUUCACCCGUUUUUUCGAAUACUGGAGUCGAUUAUGCCGGCCCAGUAUAUCUCAAGGAAGCUGGUAGGAAGAAAACGCUGUACAAGGCUUAUAUCGCAGUGUUUAUUUGUUUGGCCACCAAGGCCAUUCAUAUUGAGGUAGUAUCAAACUUGACCGGAGAAAACUUCAUCGCUGCUCUACAACGGUUUAUCAGCCGACGUGGUAUGGUGAGUAAUAUGUAUUCCGACAAUGGAACUACAUUUGUUGGUGCGAAUCAUGAGCUAGCCGAGCUGCGCAGAAUGUUCGAGGAUCAGGCACUUCAACAAAAUUGA